UGCCUUCAUGCUUCACACACACACCCACUGUCUCCUCUGACUGUCUGUCUGUUUGCACAUCAAAGAAGAAGCUCGGCUUGGACAGGACAUUAAGAUUUUGGACAGGCUGCUUGUGUAUGUUUGUAUGUGUGUGUGAGUGUGUGAAUGUGUGUGUUGCUGUGCAUGUGUGUGUGCUUAGAAGAAGAAAAGAAGCUCCAUGUGCUUGAGAUAAAGCAAGAAGAGGGAGUUUUCAUUCCUUUGCUUGUCACUCAGACAUAGAAACAUAACUUCUUCUCACUCAAGGACCUGCUGCUCCUUCUUGUGCCAGUGACGACUCACUCGACAGGAUGACAUGGCGUCCUCAGUACCGCAGCUCCAAGUUCCGCCACGUGUUCGGUAAGGCCGCCACCAAGGAGAGCUGCUAUGAUGGCGUGCCAAUCACACGCAGUGUCCAGGACAACAACUUCUGUGCUGUCAACCCACGUUUCCUGGCAGUCAUCACUGAGUGUGCCGGGGGAGGGGCCUUCCUGGUCCUGUCUGUCCAUCAUACAGGUAAAGUGGACCCUCACCACCCCAGAGUAUCAGGCCACAGAGGCAAUGUGUUAGACAUCAAGUGGAAUCCCUUUAAUGACUGCUGCAUUGCCUCCGGCUCCGAGGACACAACGGUGAAAGUGUGGGAAAUCCCUUCUCAUGGUCUGCUGAAGAACCUUACAGUACCAUGGAAGGAGCUUCAGGGUCACAGCCGCAGAGUGAGCCUCAUUGAGUGGCACCCGACUGCUAACAACAUCCUCUUCAGUACGGCCUAUGACUACCAGAUUAUGAUCUGGAACCUGGACUGUUCAGAGCAGGUGAUCAAGAACCCUGUGCGGACCAUCAGCCACCACACAGACGUGGUGCUCUCCAUGUCUUUCAACACAGACUGCAGCCUCCUCGCCACCACCUGCAAGGACAGGAAGGUCCGGCUGAUGGAGCCGCGCUCAGGAAACCUACUGCGGGAAGCCAACUGCAAGACACACAAAGCCAGUAAGGUGUUGGUCCUGGGUAACAUGAAGAUGCUCCUCACAUCAGGCACUUCACGCUGGAAUGAUCGACAGAUAGCUCUGUGGGAUCAGGAUGAUUUGUCAGUGCCUUUGUUAGAAGAGAACCUGGAUGGUUCUUCAGGAGUCCUCUUUCCGUUCUUCGACCCCGACACACACAUGCUCUACCUUGCUGGGAAGGGUGAUGGGAAUAUCAGGUACUACGAGAUCAGCUCAGAAAAACCAUACAUCCACUACCUAACAGAGUACCGCUCACACUUACCCCAGAAAGGAAUGGGUGUGAUGCCAAAGAGAGGCCUGGAUGUGAGCUCCUGUGAGGUGUUCAGGUUCUACAAACUGGUGACAAUCAAGAGUCUCAUUGAACCUUUAGCCAUGAUUGUACCCCGCAGGUCGGAGUCGUACCAAGAAGACAUCUAUCCAAUGACAGCUGGUAACAAGCCUGCUUUGACUGCAGAGGAGUGGCUCAGUGGCAUCGACAAAGGCCCAGUGUUGAUGUCUCUGAAGCCUGGAAGUCAAGUAGCAGAGUCGUAUUCGGAGAUGAGCAAAGGGCUGGGAAAUUCACUGGACACUCGCAGGUCUCAGAGCAGACCAGGCAUGCUACAGCUGGCAUACAUUCAGGACCAACUGGGAACCAAAGACAGCAAAGAGGACAGUGGCCAUACAGGCGAUGACAGGGGUCGGACGCCUGUAAGCAACGGAGAAGACCUCGCACUUUGCUCUCCACCGAGGACAGAAAACGAGUUACGUCUCAAGUUCCACAAGCAGCAGGAGGAAAUCCGACGCCUGAGGGACCUCCUCAACCAGAGAGAUGUGCGCAUCAAACAGCUGGAGCUGGAAAUUAAGAACAUCAAAAACUCCCAGUCUUAGAGCUCACUUUAAGAUUCUCCCAACCUACAGUCACCUUCACCUCCUCACAGGACACAUGCAUCACUAUACAAACUUACUAACCCUAUUUUGACACCACUGCACUCUUUGCAAGAUCCUGACUCACCUCUUUUCCUCUGAUGAGCCCCCCCAUACUCACUGCACAGUGGUGAUUUAAACCUCAACUUUGUGUUUGCAAUCUUUCGUUUUGUCAGUUCUACACGAGGUGCACAUAUUCUUUAUUCAUGUACAUACACUUAAAACACUGAGUCUUACCCAGCUGUAACAUGUUUUAAAACUCUUUGCACCUUUUGACCUGUCCCCAUUCCUUCCCCUUUCUUUUGUAUGCUUCACAGCUAUGCAAGUUUAUUGUAAUUUUUAGCUUUUUUAUGCUCUUUGUAGCAGAGAGAUAAAAGGAUGUUUGUGCCUGUCUUGACUGAAUGAUGUGGCUGUCUGCGUGUUGUUUGAAAGUUGUUGCAGGGCAGGAGCAGACAUUAUUUGCAAUUUAUUUUCUAUGUUUGGUGAUUGUUUUUUUUUCCUAUUAUGUAAACUACUGUAAGUGGAGAUGGCUGUGGUGUUUAACAUUCAGUAUGUGUGCUUGAGUGAGAGUGAGCUAAAUGAAUGACAGUAUCAUGAUCCCAGUUGUGUUCUGUCAUUCCAUUGAGCUGCAUUUGUUUUAUUUUUUUUUUCCGUUUUAUUUUUUUUAAUUUUUGAAUGACUGGAAAAUUGGUGGAAAAUCAAUCUGUUUCACAACAGCUAUUGUGUAAGCCAAUUCUGUAACUGAUGCCAUGUAGCAGCUUUGAUCUUAAUUUUUAUAUUUAUUUUAAAAUACAUUCAACAAAAAUACAGUUUAAUCAAGUACUUGAAUUCACAUUUGUAGUUUUGGAAAAUACAGCACACAAACUGUUUAAAGUCUGCUUGCUUUUUCCUGAUGUGAAGUCACUGUGAAGAAACAGUUUAAAGCCAUUGCAGAACCUGAGUACAUCACCACUGUCAGGUUAGCCUGUAUUUCACUACUGUAGCUUUCAGUCCAUUUCCAUUUCAAUGUAUUUUCCCAUAGAGUGCCUUUUUAUUGUUCCUUGUAAAAAGAUAAUUCAUGAUACUAGGGUUUUCUGUUCAUAUUUGAAGCUAACAGGAUACAACUCUGAUGAGGUAGUGAGGUCAGGAGCAAAGGAGAUGAUUUUAGUCAUGAGAUAAUACAAACUCCCGCCACUUUAUUAGGUACACCUUUACAAACUAAUGCAAUCCAGUACAACAGCUUUGCCAUGAAUUGUUCUUUUCACACAGCUUUAUUCACACAAUUUUCAGUUUUUGCUGACUUGAUAAUUCUACUAUAUGCUUAUUAUUGAGGUUGUAGUGUCUGGUGUUGAUGUUCUAGAGUGCAUUAUACUGAGAGGUGUUUCUAAUAUUUUGUCCCCUUUACAUACAUUAGGGGACAAAAUAUAGUGUACCUAAUAAAGUGGCCACGGAGUGUAAAUAUGUUUACUGCCUGAGAUUUUGCCAUACUGUUUAUACUGUGGAAGCUAUCCCAUUAAUAUUUUAGCAAUGUGAGCAGCUAUGUGUCAUCUGUCCAGUGAAAUGUCUCAACAUAGGCUGGCACAAAAUGUGGUGCAGACAUUUCAUGUUCCCUGAUGAUGUGUCCUAAUGACUUUGGUUAUCCCCUGACUUUCCUUGUAGCGCUACCACGAGGCUGACGUGUGGAUUUGAGUAAGUUGUCUCAAGAACUAUUACAUGGAUUGCCAUCAGAUUUGGUACAUUUGGUAUUAUUUUGGACAUUCGUCUCCCUCUGGAUAAAUUGUAAUGGCUUUGGUGAUCCUUUAACUUUAUCUAGCGGCGUCAUCAGGUCAGAAUUUUGACUUGUCCAAUACUAUGGUUAAUGACCAAACUAAUGACAUUCCCAUCAGCCUCAGGUGUACCAUGUUUAGUGGUAAUUUUCUGUUGUUUGCUAAGAUGCUAAUCCAACACUGGAACCAUUAACAUAUUAGCAUUGUCACUGUGAUUAUGUUAGCAUGCUGAUGUUAGCUUUUAACUCAAAGCACCACUGUGCCUAAGUACAGCCUCACAGAGCCUCUAGCAGGAUAGUUUAAUGGCAAUAUCUGAUUUUCAUGUGAUUUUUGCAUCAGUGUGAUGAAGUUUCUUAAUUUGUGAGGUAUAUAAUGCUUUGGAUUUGACAAAGAACAAGCAAACAAAAACAGACAUUCCUAACUUCCUUAUUUUACCCUUUUCAGUAAAUAUAUUGCAUGUAGAUAU